CUGUGCAGGCGGGGGCGCCAAUUGCGCAUUCCGCUUGGGGCGCCAGCUGCCACAGCCCACCUCGGGCCACUCCUGUGCCUAGUUUUACUGCAGACUCCAUAAAAAGUAAUAGCUGUUCUUCUCUUGCUGUUGGAAUCAGUGGUAGAUCCACCUCCCGCUCCCAUUAUGCAGAUUUGUCAUGGUAGUGGGAUACAGCACUUGUUACCAAAGGGAUCUUGGAGACUGAGGAAAGAAGGGAAACAUGACACAGGGAAGAAGAAUGUAGUCACUGAGAGACAUGGAACCAUCAUGACAAUUGGAAUUAACAGGCCAGAAGCCAGGAAUGCUGUGAAUCAGAAGACAGCAGCAAUGCUUCUGCAGGCAUUCAACUCUUUUGAGGAUGAUACCUCACUAACUGUUGCUGUACUUCAUGGAAUAGGAGGUAAUUUCUGCGCUGGUUAUGAUUUGAAAGAGCUGGCCCACAACCCAACCUCAAUCAAAUCGGAACAAGAUGUCACCAAAGGUCCUGGUCCCAUGGGUCCUUCCCGAAUAAAGUUUUCCAAACCAGUGAUUGCUGCAGUAAGUGGAUAUGCAGUAGCUGGGGGUCUUGAGCUCUCUCUUUUGGCUGACCUGCGUGUUGUGGAGCAGAGUGCUGUUUUUGGAGUGUUCUGCAGACGCUUUGGUGUUCCAUUGAUUGAUGGUGGCACUGUACGGCUACCUCGACUGAUUGGUCUCUCACGAGCCUUAGAUCUCAUUCUAACUGGUCGUCCUGUUAGUGCACAAGAAGCAUAUGAAUUUGGACUAGCCAAUCGAAUAGUGCCCAAUGGCCAAGCAUGCAGAAGAGGGGGCAGCAGGCAGUCUGCAAAGCAGGCAGCAGUACUGGGACUCCAGCAGCAGGGAAGAAGAAUCAGCAGCUAUAGAGAUGCGGGGAGGAGCUCAGCCUGCAGCCAGCUACUCUACUUCUAGCUCCCUCUCUAGGCUGCAGGGACAUGGAGAGAGCUGCUGCCAGAGGGAGCCACUGCCGCCUCCAUGCUGGGCCUCUCUUCCAGAGACUUCCUGAAAAGCCUGGGGGGUGUCACACAUUCGUGCCUCUCCAAAAGCAGUCACAUUUAAAUUCCGCGCAUGCUUCUCAUUGGUUACGAUUACAAUUAAAAGUUGCAUAAGUCAGGGACCAUGUUUUAAUACAUGUUUGUACGGUGCCUAAAUGGGGCCCUGCUCCAUAAGCAGGGGCCUUGUGGUGCUCUCAGGAUGCAAAUAAUAAAUUAAAAUAUACACGUGGCACAGGAUUGGCUCACCGCAGAAAGAACAUCCAACAUCUGCCACAUUUGUUUUUACUGCUGCCCUGCCACUAACUUAUUAUUCAUGUUUAAAAUAAAUCUUAAAGCAGGCUGCUAACAAAAGUACUUCAUCCAAUUAUCCAUUCCCUUCAUUGUAAUUAUUUUGUAACGUCACAUUAGCUGAAACUAGAGCAUUUGUUGAUGGUCUGCCAUCAUAUUUUAUUAAUUUAUUUUGUUUUAAAUGGAGGGAAACAAAACUUUCCAAAUGUCACCGUAUGUUUGGAAAAAUGAAACGGUUUCCCUUAUAUUUUGGGUAAGGGAAAUGAAUAGGGGGUUUUCUAAUGGAAAUCAGACGUAGCACUUGCUUUUACACUAAAAAAAGCAUGUACUCCAGUUUCUCAGCUUGUGAAACAGUCUUGUCCUGCCACUGUACAGUUCCUUGAUGAUUUGUUUUAUUUCGUUUCUAAUUAAUUAGCUGCCUGCUCCAUCUCUACAACAGCUGGAGACAAAGAUAUUGUGAAGUACUAAAAUGACUUGAGGCAAGAAUCUAGUUUAGAAAGAUUUCCUUUACUAGCUAAAUGUUAUGUUUCCACUCAAAAGAAAGGUGCUGCUGUGCAGUCAUAAAAAGCUGGCCAAAAACCCUGUUAACCUUUGCAGUCAGCUGUGUUGUUUUUUGAUCCAUGCCAACAUGGAUCACUGCUCUGGCCCAAGAGACUGGCUCUCUUACUCUGUUAAGUUAGAAUCCAAGGAACUCAAAUAGCAACUCACUCAGGGCCCAAGUCUGCAAACACUUAUUCACAUGAGUAGUCUUUCCUUAGGCAGCUGAUCCCACUGAUUUAAAUGGGAGUAGCUGGGUAAGUGAGUGAGGGUUUUUCAGGAUGCAGGCCCGUAUGCUGGGGUGGGUGUGAAGGGUGUGAACCCAUCCAGCCACGGUCCUCGCCCAUGCUCUGGCCAGGGUCCUCUGCCCAUGCACCUCUCCCUGGUGGAAAGCAGGGAGGCAUGCUGCCUUAGCCUCCCUCCCCUGUGCUCUGACCAUCUGAGAGAGGCUGGGGCUGAUUCUCUCUCUUCCUCACCCAGGAGCAGGGACAGGACUGGGCUGCAGGGGAUGAGAAAGCCACCAGCCCCUCCCGCAGCAUGCACCCCAUCCCUACAGAAAUUCCUGCAUAAGGGAUGUGAGCUUCAUUCCCUGCACCCCCCUUAAUUCAUUGUUCUCAGGCCUUGUCUACCCGGCCUCUUUACUGAUCUGUAACUUUCUUGCUCAGGGUAAGAAAAAUCCCCCCUCCCCCCCCCCAGCACAGCAAGUUACAGCACUGUAAAGCCCCGGUGCAAACAGGCUCCAAGCUGUGAGAGCUAUGCUCCUUGUGGAGGUGGCUUACUUGGAGUGCUGGUGCUGUGACCACACUGCUAGGUAAGAACACGGCCACAGCUGCACUUUAAACUUAGAAAUGUAGACAGAACCCCACAUAUUUCUCAUAAGCUACGUCUAGACUACGAGCCUCUUUAGAAAGAGAGCAUCUAGACUGCAACAACUUAUUUUGAAAAAGCGU